GACUGCGGGGCUAGAUGGCCGUGCCGUAGGACUGGACCCAAGCUACUCUCCGCGGACCGUCGGAGGGUCGCCUCCACCUUCCGUGGUGGCGCCCCCAGUUGCCCAUACUAUCCAUGCCCUUCCUGGUGGGGGGGCAUGGCGAGCACGCUUGUUUCGGGCCCGAGGAACGCCUGGGCUUGCUCUCCCAUAGAAAGCCCCCCAAGUCAAGAAGAGCCGGGUGGAUGCCGUCUGAUAUUUUGGCCCGACUGACACACAUGGUCCUCCAUUCCUUAUUUUUGUUUAUCUAUGCCGCUCCUCCACCCCACCGCCGCUCCCUGAUCCUUUGCUCCCUUCUUUGUUUGGACAUCCCGCCCUGCUUACUGCGUAAGCGUCCUAAUAUCUUCUUUUACCUCUCGUUUGCCUUUUCUUGUCCAACGUCAUCCCGUUCAUAGAUUGGACUAGGGCUGCCUGUGGCUAGCUCCUUUCUUAUUCGAGCGUCCACCCGUCCCAGUUGCCCACCAUGGGCGUUAGCUCCGAGAAGAAGGCCGCUAAGGGGCGUGCCUCGUCGCCGUCCAUCACAGAUGUAUCAUCAACGACACAAACCGAAAGCUUGCAAGAAAUAAGCGCGUGGAAAGCAUACUGGAGAGUCUUCAGGUAUGCCGGCGCACUCGACUAUGUGCUGCUGGCCAUCGCCUGCCUUGGCGCUAUGGGCUCAGGUGUUGCCAUGGCGUCGCAAAAUAUAAUAUUUGGCCAGUUUGUCACAGUCUUCACAGACUUCGGAUCCGGGCAGUCAGCCUCUGACAACUUCCGGCAGGGCGGUGCCUCAUUAGCCCUUUGGUUUGUCUACCUGGGUAUCGCCAGGUUCGUCGCGGCUUACACAUACAACACUCUCAUGACGUACACCGCGUACCGCAUCGUUCGCAACAUCCGCCGCAUCUAUUUGCAGUCGGCCCUGCGCCAGGAGGUUGCCUUCUUCGACCUAGGAACCAGCGGCUCCAUCGCCACCCAGGCCUAUGCGAACGGCCGCCUGGUCCAGAACGGAAUCUCGGAGAAGCUCGGCCUUACUAUCCAGGGUCUUUCCGCCUUCGUCGCCUCUUUUAUCAUUGCCUUUGUCACCAACUGGAAGCUCACCCUGAUCGUGUCAUGCAUCGCUCCUCUCUGUAUCGGCUUCAUGGCCACUGUUUCCUUUAUCGAGGCCGGAUACGAGACCAAAGUCCUCAACACCCAUGCCCAAGCCAAUUCUUACGCCGAAGGCAUCCUCGCCAGCAUCCGUACCAUUCACGCUUUCGAGAUGCGCAACAGGAUUGUCGGCAAAUUUGACGAGAUCCUGACGGAAGCCCACAAUCACGGCAAGAAGAUUUCGGUUCUCUUGGGAACUCUUUUCUCGGCCGAGUACACCAUCAUCUAUCUGGGCUACGGCCUCGCAUUCUGGCAAGGUAUCCACAUGCUGGCCAGGGGCGAGGUUGCAAACAGCGGAGAGGUCUUUACUGUCCUUCUGUCCGUUGUCAUUGCUGCCAUCAGCCUGACGCAGAUGGCGCCCUACUCCAUCGAGUUUACUCGCGCUGCCUCUGCUGCCGCCCAGCUUUUUGCUCUUAUCGAUCGCCAGUCCAAAAUCGACCCCCUGGACCCCGCGGGCGAGCGUCCCACCGAGAACCGCGGUGUCAUCGAGCUUGAGAACGUCACCUUUGCCUACCCCAGCCGCCCUGGCGUCACGGUCCUCGAUAACUUCUCGCUUACGGCUCCUGCUGGAAAGAUCACUGCGCUCGUUGGUCCCAGUGGAUCCGGAAAGAGCACCAUCGUUGGUCUUCUUGAGCGGUGGUACAACCCUGCCUCCGGAACUAUCAAGCUGGAUGGCCACUCGAUUGACCAGCUUAACUUGAGCUGGCUCCGCCAGAAUGUUCGCUUGGUGCAGCAGGAGCCCACCCUGUUCCGCGGAACCGUUUUCGAAAACAUUGCGUACGGUCUUGUUGGCACGCCCUGGGAAAACGCCACCAGGGAGGAGCAGAUGACGCACAUCCAGGAUGCCGCCAAAACUGCCUUUGCCCACGACUUCAUCACCGAACUUCCUCAAGGAUACGACACCGACAUCGGCCAACGCGGUAGCCUCCUAUCUGGUGGACAGAAGCAGAGGAUUGCUAUUGCUCGUAGUGUUGUCUCUCAGCCCAAGGUUCUUCUCCUCGACGAGGCCACCAGCGCCCUUGACCCCCACGCCGAAGGCAUCGUCCAACAGGCGCUUGAUAAGGCGGCUGAGGGUCGCACAACCAUUGUUAUCGCCCAUAAGCUCGCAACCAUCCGCAAGGCCGACAAUAUUGUGGUCAUGACCAAGGGUAGCAUCGUCGAACAGGGAACACACGACAGCCUUCUUGCCCAGGACGGAACCUACGCCCGCCUUGUCAAGAUCCAGCAACUGACUCUGUCAAGCGAGCAUUCGGACACGGAGAGCGGCGAGGAAGAUGAUACCGUCAAUGCCGACGCCGACGCCGUUGGCCAGGUCAAGUCCAUGACACGCUACCCGACCGCCGACCUGGACCGCGUGAACGCCGCCAUCGAGCGCAACGACUUCGAGGCCUACAAGGGCCAGGGCUUCCUCGCCGUUGUCAAGCGCCUUGUGGUCGAGGCUCCCGAGCUACGGGUUGCGCUGGCUUCCGUCUUCCUGACCUGCGUCAUCUCUUGUGGGCUGUACCCUGCCCAAGCUGUCCUCAUGGCUUACAUGGUCGAGGUCUUCACCCUAACCGGCGACGCCAUGACCAGCCGUGGUGACUUUUUGUCGUCAAUGUUCAUCGUGUUGGCUGGCAGCUGUCUCGUCUGCUACUUUGUUCUCGGCUACGGCACCAACGUCGUUGGACAGACCUUCCAGCACAAGCUUAGGAAGUCUAUUUUCCAGAACCUUUUGCGCCAGGAUCUCCAGUUCUUUGACAGGCCCGAGAACAACAUCGGAGCGCUUGCAAGCCGUGUCGACUCCACCCCUCAAAGCGUCUUCGAGUUGAUGAGCUUCAACAUCGCUUUCAUCGUCAUUGCAGCCCUCAACAUUGCUUCGUGCAGCGUCCUCGGAAUCGUUUUCAGCUGGAAGCUCGGCCUGGUCAUUGUGCUGGCCGGUCUUCCUGUUGUCAUUGGCUGCGGAUACCUCAAGAUGCGGUUCGACGCCAGGCUCGAUCGUAACAUUUCGGCCCGCCUGUCCACCAGCUCCGCCAUCGCGUCCGAAUCUGUCACUGCCAUUCGCACCGUUUCCUCGCUUGCCAUUGAGCGCAAGGUUCUAACCAAGUACACCGAGGAGCUCGACCAAGCCGUCGGCGAUUCGCGUCGCCCCCUGAUGAUCACCAUGACUUGGUUUGCCCUGUCACAGGCGACCGAGUACUGGUUCAUGGGUCUUGGAUUCUGGUGGGGAAGCCAGCUCGUCGCCAACCGCGAGAUCACUCUUUUCCAGUUCUUCGUGUCCUUCAUGUCCGUUUUCUUCUCGGCUCAGGCAACGUCGCAGAUCUUCCAGUUCUCUACCAGCAUGACUAAGGGCAUGAACGGCGGAAACUACAUCUUCUGGCUCCAAGAAAGCCAACCGACCGUGCAGGAAAACUCCAACAACCGGGACAAGGGUCCCAGAUCUAGCGGUCCUAUUGCGUUGGAUGAUGUUCGCUUCUCGUACCCGCUGCGCCCGGACACUGCUGUGCUCAAGAACGUGUCGCUCGAGAUCAAGAAGGGCCAGUUUGUCGCCCUUGUCGGUGCCUCGGGCUGUGGCAAGUCGACCAUCAUCGCCAUGCUUGAGCGCUUCUACGACCCCACGACAGGCUCGAUUAAGCUGGAUGGUGACUCCCUGACGGACCUGAACCCGCGCCUGUACCGCAAGAUCGUCGCACUUGUGCAGCAAGAGCCUACUCUCUUCCAGGGCACCAUCCGCGAGAACAUCGCGCUCGGCAUCGACGAGUCGGAGCUACCACCAUCAGCAGACGGCGUCGUCUCGACGACGGUGCAGACUGGCUCCAAUGAUGCACAGAUCGAGGCUGCUCUGCGCGCUGCCAACGCAUGGGAUUUCGUUUCGUCGCUUCCAGACGGUCUUGCGACAUCUGCCGGCCCCAACGGCACUCAGCUUUCAGGAGGCCAGAGGCAACGUAUCGCCAUUGCUCGUGCCCUCAUCCGCAACCCUCGCAUUCUGCUCCUCGACGAGGCGACCAGCGCCCUCGAUACGGAGAGCGAAAAGAUUGUCCAGCAAGCACUGUCCGAGGCCGCCAAAGAGGGCGACCGCAUCACUGUUGCCGUUGCGCACCGUUUGUCUACAAUCAAGGACGCCGAUGCCAUCUGCGUCUUUUACGGCGGCCGGAUUGUCGAGAUGGGCACCCACGCCGAGCUUGUGCAGCAAGGUGGCCUCUACCUCAAGAUGUGCGAGGCGCAGAGCCUUGAGUAGCGCACUGUCUGCUACCCCGUUCCAUUUCCUUGUUUGCAUAAAAGAAAGUACAUGGGCUCGGCUCAUUGGUUGGGUUGGAUUGGGACUGGCGCUUCGAAUAAUGGCGGGAUAAUGUUUUUUUCUUCUUCACGCUAUCUACACGUACUGGAUAUGGGUUUUUAGAUAUCUGCGACGACUGUGUCGACAGCGCAUAUAAUAGCACCUA